CUCGUGGUUGGCCAUUGUCGACAUUGGUACCACGUACGCGCAAUUUUUUUGGGAAGCCAGCAUGAACAAAUCACGCGUAGACCCGGUGCGAAAUGAAUACUUUUAUUCAGUGUUAAACGUGCCAACUACCGCUUCCGCAAACGAAAUACGGGAACGCUACAAAGCAUUAUCUGUAAUUUUUCACCCCGAUAAGCAACGCGGGGAACGGACAAAGGACACUGCAGCUGUGGAAUUCCUUGAAAUUCAGAAGGCUUACGAAGGCGAAGAUGCUUUAAAAACCCCGUGGCCAACAGAGUUGCGGUCUCAGAGUGUUGAACAAAUACGUGCGCAUCUUCGACGUUGGAGGAUCGAUCGUAGUCAAGAAGUGUUUGAUCACCUCAUUCGGCCAAGAGGCACUGUGACGUGUGGAAUUGACGCAUCGACGUUGUUCGCACGCGAUGGUGACCUAGAUUAUGAUUCGAGAGGCAUCCUCACCCGCUUCCGUGGAGUCUGGGUCUCUCAAUUUGCCAUUCGUCACUCUGUUAUGAAAGUGUUGAAUGAAAAGACUAAUCUCAAAUUCACAAGUCACCUGGGACUAGGCCCUCGAAAUGACUUGCUGAGUAGAAAUAACCUCAUGGGCACGAUACGCCAUCAAUUUUCUCCUCGGCUCGCUUUGGAGGCUACAGCACAUUUCUUAGACCCUCACCUCGUUGUCGCAAAAGCGAGCUACGAAGAUAAUGACAAUACCCUAAAUUGCCGUGUGCAUUUCAUUCCUGCAUUCUGGAACCUUCUCCCUCCGGCUAGUACCGUUUCCUUCAGUCGUCGACUCUUCCGACACGCUUCAACGGUGGGCUCUGUGGCGUGGACAUUCUCUCCAUUGUCCAUGGGAAGCUUUGAAUUUGAUAUACACUCCCCUCAGCCAUUUGACUUCUCGUCUUCUGAAAAUUACGUUCGCUAUACGGACCGUAUGAACGCCGACUUUACAAAUAAGCCUGGCUCCGCCAGUGGUUUUGGGGUUGGACUGCGGGCUUGGUCGUGUGGAUUACAGUUAUCUGGCCGCCUAGAGAUUGGGUUUCGGCAAAUGGCCUAUUUGGUCACUGCAACAUGGACUAACACGAAUGCUGCUAUAUCAACUAGCUUUGGUGUGAGCACCAAGGGGUUAAUCAUGCGCUUCGAGUUGGAAUAUCUCCAUCAGAAGUGGAUAUUGCCAAUAACUUUGUCCACCGUAAGAAAUCAAACAUUGGAGUUCUUUUCGGCUGUUUUGCCUUCAACAGUUCUCCUCCUCGGAUAUCAUUUUAUUUUGAAGCCUCGUAGGCAGUUACAACGGACAUUAUAUUUCCGCAAGGCUGAGCGCCUCCUCAAAGAGGAAAAAACUCAGCUAAAGAGGCGGAUUGAUGAUACCGUGGGGUUGUUGAGCGACACUGCCAAACGUCACAUGCAGACGGAGAGGUCCAGAGGAGGCCUUGUCAUCUUGAGUGCGACGUACGGACCCGAAACGGGCGCCGAGAACCUUACGAUAGAUGUAACCGUGCCUGUACAAGCCUUGGUGCACAACAGUCAGGUUCAUAUCCCCGGUCAUCGCACAAAGGCCGGCAUUCAAGGUUUCUACGAUCCCGCCCCUACAUCUCCAAAAUCGCUUCGCGUACGUUAUCUUUUCCGUGAUCGACAACAUUACGCAGAGAUUCCCGACUAUGUCCCGGUCGUGCUGCCUUUGCCAGAUCAUCUGGUGAAUUAACCGGCUUCCAGUUGCUACAAACCUGUUGUCACUCCCACCCAGUAUCUCUUAUACCCAUGUCUAAUGUUAAUGUGGAUAACUAUUGGCUCUUGAGAUUUGAAAUAUGACCUUAAUCAAAUGCGUAUCAACC